AUGGAGGGUAGCGGCCAAAGCAACUCCGGAGACCGGCUGGCUGCGGCAGUCCACCCAUCGGGCAGGCAGGACGCCCCCACGGUGGGGGAGAGCACCCAACUGCUGGGCGUGCAGGUCGCCCUGAUCGCCGCGUACGCCGUCAUCAUCCUUCUGGGUCUGGUGGGCAACUCGCUGGUCAUCCACACCAUCGUGAAAUACAAAACCAUGCGCACAGUCACUAACUUCUUCAUCGCUAACCUGGCGCUGGCUGAUCUCCUGGUGGACACACUCUGCCUGCCUUUCACGCUAAUCUACACGCUGCAGGGCGAGUGGAAACUGGGGCCAGCGCUCUGCCACCUCGUCCCAUACGCACAGGCCCUGAGUGUGCACGUCUCCACGCUAACCCUGACCGUGAUCGCCCUGGACCGGCACCGCUGUGUCGUCCGUCACCUCGACAGCCGCAUCUCCAGAACGGGUAGUUUCGCCGUCAUCGCUGCCACCUGGCUGGUAUCGGCCGUGCUGGCCACGCCGCUGGCGAUCUUCCGAGAGUACAAGCUGGUCGAGCUGUGGCCCCUGCAGGUGCGGGUGGCGGUCUGCUCCGAGAAAUGGCCCCGGGGAGACAACCGGGACGCCUCUAUCUACAGCCUGGCCAUGUUCGUGCUUCAGUACGCGCUGCCGCUUCUCCUUAUCAGCUACGCCUACGCCAGGAUCUGGAUUAAGCUGAAGAAACACGCCAGCCCGUGCCUGGGCAGGGACGCCCAGUACCGACGCAGCAAGACCACCAAGAUGUUGGUGAUGGUGGUGGUGGUGUUCGCCGUCUGCUGGCUGCCCUUCCACGUCUUCCAGCUCCUCAGCGACCUGGACGGGCGCUUCCUGCGCUUUCACGACUACAAGCUUGUCUACACCAUCUUCCAUGUUCUCGCCAUGGGCUCCACCUUCGCCAACCCCCUCCUCUAUGGAUGGAUGAACAGCAACUUCCGCCAUGGCUUCGUACGCUUCUUCCGCUGCGACUGCCGUCGAGGGGGUGCCCUCACCGCCGAGGCCUCGGUCCGGACGCGGCUGCACCCGUUCCGGGCGGAGUUGCACGAUGGCGGCCUGUGGAACAUCGCUAACACCCAUGUUUAG